GCCGAGCGAGUCAUUUGGGAGAAAGGAGAUACUCUUUACCCCAGAAUUCUGGUUCUGCCUUUUUUGUCGUGCAAGUUGUGACAGGGAUGUGUUGAAGGGGUAUAAAGUAUACCGAACGUUCACUGUAAUCCACACACCUGAAGAGAUAGUCCUUAGACUAACUAGAAACCCCUGGAUGGCUACAACACACACACUUAGAAAAACCACAAGAUGUCAGGACCAAAACAGACCAUGAGGGCCUUCUCCACCACUCUGGCUGCAGUGAUGCUCCUCCUCUCCACAGGGAUCCAGUCAGCAGAACCUUCUGACAACCUUCAACCAACACAAUGGACACUCAGCCCAGACCUUGCAGAACCCACAAUCUCCACGCUGCCUGUAAAUGGUAGUGAUAUGGAGGAACCUCGUGUUCUGAGGAUGUCAAGACCCUGUAAAGACGAGGAUUCUGACUACUGCCUGAAUGGACAGUGCAUGUACCCCCCUGACAGCGAUACCCCUGCCUGCACGUGUGAUGCUUCCUAUAGCGGACCUCGCUGUGGUCUGUUGGUCUACCAUGUGACGCUGUGCAAGUUUGCAACAACAGAGGAGGUGAUUGCCAUCUGUGUGGGCGUGGCCAUGUUAGCGUGCUGCCUCGCUAGCUGUCUCUACUGCUGCAUCAAGAGAAGGUGUGGAAAACAGUCCCUUCUCUACAAGACCUACGGUGGCUCGGAGAACUCAGUUUGAUCCCUUUCUUCAUCAUCAUCACCAUCAUCACCAUCACCAUCAUUAUCAUCACCAUCAUUACCAUCACAAUCACCAUCA